UUUAGAAUUGAAUUUUUAUUAAUUUAAUAUGCGGGUACAGAUUUUUAGUUUUACUUUGGUUCCAGAGAUGGUGAGAAACUACAAAAAGACUUCCUCUAGAGGAGAGUGGGAAAAAACCAACAUGGAUACUGCUUUCACAGAGGUCAAGGAGGGAAGAAUGACUUGCUUGGGAGCAGCGAGAACUUACAAUGUUCCAGAGGCAACACUUCGACGCCGACUGAAAAAGAACGUUUCGGAUAUGCCUGUCCAUGGAGGAAGAUAUAGAGAAGUAUUCAAUGAAGAGCAGCUCCAAGAUUUACACAACUAUUUGACGGUAAUGGACCAAAUGUUUUUUGGAAUGACCAAGUUGCAGUGCAGAAAACUCGUUUUUGAAUACGCAGAACACUUAGGGAUUUCUCAUCCGUUUAAUAAAGAAACUAAAAUGGCUGGUGAGGAUUGGCUGGCUACCUUUAUGAAAAAACACAACUUUAGUAUGCGUAAGCCAGAAGCAACAUCAUCUGUUGCAAAGUAG